CCAACGAACCAGUUACUGUUUAGCAGUUAACGAAUUGAAGAGCUUAUGUUGUAUUUAUAAUAUAAUAUAGAUGGAAUUGGUUUAUUUGACGUUGAUAGUGACAGCGAGUUACAGUAAUCAGACUCGCAUAAACAGACAUGUCGUAUAAAAACGUUAAUUAUACAAUACAAAGUUUAUGUCUGAUGAAGGCGAGGGCUUGUGAACUGGGAGGAGCAUGUUUUAAGGGUAUGGGCACCAUUUCCUUGGUAAAGUGCUACGCUGUCUCUUCUCUGCGGGUCUUCCCCUCCUAAGAUUUAACUGCACCCGUUUGCUUUUUGAAGUUAAGAUUUUAUUAUUUUUUUCUCCCCACAGGCAUCCUAAAGUUUGUCUUAAUUGGCACCAGUAGCCCGGCGAUUGAAUUUCACGAUGUCUUGACAAAAUCGUAGUGGGUGGAUUUUUUUUUCUUUUCUUUUUUAUUUUUUUUGAAGGGGGAGGGUGAGUCGGUGAGAUGACCAAUGACAGAUCAGCCUUGCAUUGAUUGACAAUAGGAUUCGUAUUUAAAUUACCUGUCCCAUUCACCUGACAGUGGAUGUAGCGCCGUGAUCAAGGGUGGAGAUGAUUACGUCUCCAGCGAUGCUGAUUGGGAGCCUGUGCUCGCUUGUGCUGCUCUCAGGCUUUCUGGAAGCCACCUCCUUGAUGAAGCUCAUCAGACAGCAAGCACCAGAACCAGCAGGGGUGAGCGCCGUGAGUAUCAGCCCGGACGAGGCUCAUGAUUUCCUGUCUCACUCGCGGCCCAAGCGCAACAUUGACCCCAAGUGGUACCACAACAGUCCAGACUUCCAAGCCUACUACCGCUACUACAAUAGCAUCGGACACACAGAAGGGCUGUAUGAAAUCGACCGGAUCAGGAUGUUGUACCAGCAGAUGCGACAACUUGAGCAUGUCUACGGGCCCAAUGCCUCCUUCUAUCAGAGCAUGAUGGGCCUGCGCAUACCAAAGUGUGACCCAUCAAAGGAUAAGAAAUGCAAAGCCAUACCCCAAGUGGCCAUGGCGGCCCCCCCACACCCGCCUCUCUCCCAGGCUGAUGUCGUCCAUCUCUGCAACCCCAAAGACCCCCUGUGCAAACCCCACAUAGUCUACCUGCCCAGCGGGUCUGUCCCUGUGCUCUGUGACCCCCGCUACCAUUCUGCCUGUCGCACCAACAAGGACGAGGCCCCAGAAUCUCCUGCUCCUCCCCCACCCCCUCCCCUCAAAAAAUCCCCUCCGCCUCCACCUCCUAAAAAAUCCCCCCCACCUCCUCCGCCUGCUCCAGUCCGGGCCUAUAAAGGGAUGGAGUAUGAUUGUGAUCCCUACUGGGACCCCGACUGCCUGAUUGACCACCCACACAGGGCAUUCAAAGGGAAGCCUGGACCACCCCCACCCACUGAUGAUGAGGAGGACGAAGAGGAGGAAGCUGAGGAAGAGCCGGACCAGCCUGCACCAGGGCCCCAAAAGAAGGCUCCUUACCCCUAUUACUAUCAGCAUGAGCUGUUUGAUCCCUACCGGUUUUCCAACCCUGCCUCAGGGGGCCAGUAGGUUCUGGCCUUUUGGGAAGGGAUCUGGAAUAUACCUUUGGGAUUUCAUGAUUUUUAAGGACACCCCCAAGCUGACAUGCACAUUGAUUCCAGAUUACAUCCCCCCCCCCAAAUGCACGUCCACACCCACACACAUAAUCCUUCAAAAAUACGUAAUUUUAUUAUUUUUUUGUUUGUUUUUUAUAUAUAUUUUGUGGAAAUGUGUUGCUUAUGGAAUGGAUAAUUAUAGCAGAUUUACUCCUGAAAGUCCAGCCCCAUAUCCGUGUUCUUCUUAUAAGGUUACUUAAUCUGUAUUUAGAAUAAUCAUCAAAUUAUAGUGUAAGGAUAUCAAAUUACCCAGUG